AUGCCGCACAAACAUACCCGAAAGGGUACAGACCCCACAGAUUAUGACCUUCCUCCAACAAGAGUUGCAAGGCCUCUUGCUCCGCUUUCCAGUCGCAAACGUGCCGAGUCAAGCUCGGCAGCUUCCUCAGCUCCAGCGUCUAGCGGAACAAAACGGAAGAGAGGCCAUAGUGCUGCUGGAAAAGAUGAUACGCCUAGGGCAUUCAAAAGGAUGAUGGCGUUUGCGAGUGGCAAGAGAAUACACUCUGGUUUAGAUGAUGGCGCCCCCAAAAGCGUGAAAAAGCCAUCAUCGUCAGCCAAAAAGACGAAGGAGGUUAAUGAGGCAAAGAAAACAGAGGAACAAGUCCCCGCGCCCUCUAUACGGCCAGGGGAAUCACUCUCUGACUUCUCUGCCCGUGUCGAUGCUGCUAUCCCAGUAUCCGGGCUUAUCACGAAGACUACCAAAGGAGGAAAGGAUCCACUGGGUUUAAAGGUGUAUCGCACCUUGAAAGAGAAGAAGAUGCAUAAGCUCUACGACCAAUGGCGAGCAGAAGAACGGAAGGUUCAGGAGCGGCGAGAGGAGGAACUGGAGCUAGUUGCCGAAAGGGAAAUGGAGAAUGGAUCCUUACUUAUGACAUCGGGUAUUGAUUUCAUGAAUAGCUUGGAUGGAGGUUCAAAGGGAGGCAAGCGCAAAAACAAGCGCAAACGUGGGAAAAAGGCCCAGAAAGAGGAAGACCCUUGGGAAGAACUAAGACGUAAGAGGGGAGAAAAUAAACCGCGGCUGCGGGAUGUGGCCCAGGCGCCACCCGUGCUUCCCAAGGUAUCCGCUAAGCUUACCGCCCAGAUAUGA